AUGGUUUUCAACGUCCGGAUGCUUAUGAAACUAACCUGGGUUUGUGUGACAUUAUCAGGAAUAAUUGCAACUGCAGCAGCAGCUCCUGAAAUAGCCAAGCCUAACUGCCAAGACCGAUGUGGAGAUGUUGAGAUUCCAUAUCCAUUUGGCACAACUGAAGAUUGCUACCUAAAUGAUUACUUUUCCAUCGUUUGUAACGAGUCUUUCAGCCCACCCCAAACUAUGAUCGGAAAUAAUAUGGUUGUCACCAACAUUUCUGUCCACGGUCAGCUUGACAUCUUGAUGUAUCUAGCCCACCAGUGUUUCCCUAACUCCAGCGGUAUUCUUCCGUAUGAAAACAUUCCCUUUCUGAGAGUCCCUGCCUUCACCAUUUCGCACACCCAAAACAAGUUCGUCGCCGUCGGCUGUGACACUUACGCCUUCCUCAAUGCUUUCCAGAAUAAUGAACCCUUCUCCAUCGGCUGCACCUCAACAUGCCGAAGUAUGAGGAAUGUUUUCAAUGGAUCUUGCUCUGGAAUUGGGUGUUGCCAGGUUGAGAUUCCAAAAGGACUGAAGAAUUUCUCAUUGGAAGCACGGAGCUAUGACAAUCACACUACUGUACAGAGCUUCAAUCCAUGCAGCUAUGCCUUUGUUGCUAAACAAGGCCAGUUCAACUUCUCCUCCAGUUAUCUUCAAAGCCUGCAAAACGUUUUAACCAAUCCAAUGGUUCUUGAUUGGGCAAUCGGUAAUGAAACAUGUGAAUAUGCUCAGAGAAAGUCAGAUUACAUAUGCGAAGGGAACAGCACAUGUUAUGAUCCAGACAAUAAUGGGUAUGGGUACCGUUGCAAGUGCGAAGAGGGUUAUGAUGGAAACCCUUACCUUCCUCAUGGUUGCCAAGAUAUUGAUGAGUGCAAAAUUGGGAAACCCUGCAAUGGAUCAGCAAAAUGCACCAACCUUGUUGGGAGUUUCGCAUGUACUUGUCCCCGUGGCUACGAAGGCGAUGGGAAGAUGCAUGGCUGCAUUCCUAAAGCUAGACAAUCUUGGACAAUAAUUAUUGCAAUGGGUAUCGGAAUAAUCCUCUUGUUGCUACUUGUGGGAGGUUCUUGGGUUUAUUUGGGGUUGAAAAGAAGACAACUCAUAAAGCUUAAAGAGAAUUUCUUUCAAAAAAACGGUGGCUUAGUGUUACAACAAAAACUUUCGAGUUACACAAGUACAUGCAUGGAGACAACAAGAAUCUUUAGCGCAGAAGAGCUUGAAAAGGCUACUGACAACUAUGAUGAGAGUAGAGUCCUUGGCCAAGGAGGUUAUGGAACUGUUUACAAAGGAGUAUUAUCGAACAACAAAGUGGUUGCCAUUAAGAAAUCAAAAAUCUGUGAUCAGAGCCAAAUUAAACAAUUCAUAAACGAGGUGAUUGUGCUUACCCAAAUUAAUCAUAGGAAUGUGGUCAAGCUAUUAGGUUGCUGUCUAGAAACGGAAGUUCCUUUACUGGUUUAUGAAUUUAUCACAAAUGGGACUCUUUUUGACUACAUUCAUAACAAAAGCUUAUCGUCCUCAUUCUCGUGGGAAAUGCGUCUGAAGAUAGCAUCAGAAAUUGCAGGAGCACUUGCAUACCUACAUUCAGCAACUUCCAUGCCAAUCAUACAUAGAGAUGUAAAAACUGCAAACAUACUUUUAGAUGAAAACUACUCAGCAAAAGUGUCUGACUUUGGAGCUUCAAGACUAGUCCCUCUUGAUCAAACGCACAUAGCAACAUUGGUGCAAGGAACUUUUGGGUACUUGGAUCCAGAAUACUUUCAUACUAGCCAACUAACAGAAAAAAGUGACGUCUAUGGCUUUGGUGUUGUUGUUGCAGAGCUAUUGACGGGUAAGAAGGCACUUUCUUUUGAUAGACCUGAAAGUGAUAGAAAUCUAGCAAUGUAUUUUAGUUCUAUGAUAAAAGAAGAUCGUAUAAUUGAAAUAAUUGACGAUCAUAUUGUAAGUGAGGGAAGUAUUGAGGAGGUGAAGGAAGUUGCUAACCUUGCAAAAAGGUGCUUAAGAUUAAAAGGGGAAGAAAGACCUACCAUGAAGGAAAUAGCAAUGGAGCUUGAGGGAUUGAGAAUUACAGAAAAUCAUUGGUGGGGAAAGCCUGAAUAUAUCGAUACAGAAGAUCAGACUGAACAGUUGGUCAGUGCAGACACAUUUAGCCUUGAUGUUGGCAAUGGCUACUCUUCUUCUACCAACACAACUUCUAAACACGAAAGCAUGGAAGACCAAGUCUUGCAAGCACCGGAUGAUGGCAGAUAA